AUGACCCAGGAAGUGCACAAGCUGCGAGGUGGGCUUGGCGCUGAGAAGGCCAGAUCCAAGGCGAGCCACGACCAAGUCUUUCAACUGCGCAAGUGGAUGUCUGAUCGCGACCGCACUAUCACCAAAUCGCUGGCAGACAAGGAGGAGCUGCGGAAGCAAGCGGCAGGACGUGACCGCAAGAUCACGAGCUUGACCAACCCAGGGUCAUCGCAGCCCGCCAGCGGCAAUGCACCCGUGUCGCGAUACAAAUUUCCGCUGCCGCCACCACCUGCUGCAUUGAUGCCAAGGUCAUACAGGAAGGUCGCCGAGUAA